AUGGGUCCGGGGCUAGAGUCCAUUGCGAAACAAACCAGAGAAUUUCUCGGCACCUUGUGCGAUUUGCAAAUUCUCACUGGCCUCGCCAUUACCAUAGCAGGCUGGACUCAACAUGCGACCAUAUCGUACUACCACCAGCAGCUCGUUUUGGCCUACUGGUCGUUGGCACUCAACUCAUUCUGGGCUGCCAGGGUGCAGUAUCUGGACGUCGACUCCAAGAACGAUGACGGCACUGAGACGAGAGACACCAUCAGGUGCAUUGCCGUUUUGUGCAACUGCUUGGUGGCCUUGACCUUCAAUAUUCACGUCGAGAUUCGAGAGCAGCAGGCUUGGGAUGAUGACGGUGGUCCUUGCUACAACUUCUUGGACGGGACAUCGAGUUUGGUUGAAUAUCCCAUUGGUUAUAAAAUCAAGUGA